CAGCCCGUAAUUAAUCUGAACCCUUUAAACCCUGCGGAGCGGGAGGUGUGGAGUGGAACUAAAAGAGUGCAGUUUGGACGCGUCGCUGCGAGGAAAUCCGUGGCAUAUUUGCUCGAAUUACCUUUCUUUCUUGCCUCGGAAUACCACAGGUAGACACUAAUGGGCAGCCUGGGUGUUUGGGCCAUGGCUGUGGCCACACUGCUGGGAACCUCAGGGUGCUGGCUGGCUGAAGGGCACAAGGGCAGCAGGCAAGGCACCGCUGAUACAGCCAGCAUGUCACGUACAUCCUCCAAGGAACCACACUCCAUGGAGAAGGGGAAAGCAGAAGGGAACAUCGAUCAAUCCCUUUCUGACCCAGACGGAGGUCCCUGUCGGAGGACCUACUGUGGACGGGGUCGACAGUGUGUGCUGAUGGCAGAAACCGGCCGUGCUGAGUGUGUUUGCCAGGAAAAAUGCCGGCCCUCCUUUGUCCCAGUGUGUGGCUCAGACGGCAGGUUUUACGAGAACCACUGUGAGGUGUACCGCACCGCCUGCCUGGAGAGGAGACGGAUCUACGUGGUGCACAGCAAGGACUGCUUCUUCAAAGGAAAUGCAUGCACAAUGUCGGAGUACAACAAGCUGAAGAACAUGCUGCUGGAUAUGCAGCCUAAAGUGCUGAAGACUGGAGAGCAGAGCCAGCAGAGGGACAUGGAGGAGAAGAGAGCACUGGUGGACACCAUGUUCAAAUACCUGGAUGUGGACAAGGACAGCCGGCUGGUCAGUGAUGAGCUUGAAAAGAUCUCUAUGAAAGAGCACCUGGAGGACAGCCUGAUGGAGUGCACCAUGCAGGACCUGCUGCGUUACGAUGACUACAACAAUGAUGGACACCUCAGCCUGCAUGAGUUCUACACAGCUUUCCAGGUUGUGCAGCUGAGCCUGGCGGAGGACCAGCAGAUCAGCGUCUCCACGGUAACAGUGGGCCUAAGUGCCGUCCUUACCUGUGCUAUCCAGGGGACAUUGCGCCCGCCAAUCAUCUGGAAGAGGAACGGCAUCAUACUAAACUUCUUGGACCUGGAGGACAUCAACGACUUUGGGGACGAUGGCUCCCUGUACAUCACCAAGGUGACAACAAUCCACAUGGGGAACUACAGUUGCCAUGCCUACGGCUAUGAAGACCUCUAUCAGACACAUGUGCUGCAGGUGAAUGUCCCUCCAGUGAUCCUGGUCUAUCCAGAGACGCAGGCCCAGGAGCCUGGUGUAUCUGCCAGCCUCCACUGCCACGCCGACGGCAUCCCAAAUCCCAAACUCCUCUGGUUGAAGAAUGGCAUGGACCUGCAGCCCAGAUCCUCCAAACAGCUGUCUCUCAUAGCGAAUGGUAGUGAGCUCUUUAUUGGCAGCGUCCGGUACGAGGACACUGGAGCCUAUACCUGCAUCGCCAAGAACGAGGUGGGAGUGGAUGAGGAUAUCUCCUCUCUGUUUGUUGAAGAUUCGGCCAAGAAGACCCUUGCAAACAUUCUUUGGAGAGAAGAAGGUUUGAGUGUGGGGAAUAUGUUCUAUGUGUUUUCUGAUGAGGGCAUCACUGUUCUUCAGCCCGGUGAAUGUGAGAUACGGAGGCACAUGAAGCGGACAGAGAGGAUUGUUGCUACCUAUGAGGAGAUGUGCCCUAAAGGUGAGGGGGUGUCACCUCAGCACUGCGUGUGGUCCUCAGCAGUCAACAUCAGGGAUAAGUACAUCUACGUGACCCAGCCCCUCCUGAGCCGACUGCUGGUUGUCGAUAUUCAAGCGCAGAAGGUGGUGCAGGCAGUAGCAACAGAUCCUUUUCCAGUUAAGAUGCUCUAUGACAAGUCACAUGACCAGGUCUGGGUCCUAACAUGGGGGGAUAUGGACAGAACACAUCCAACACUUCAGGUAAUUCCACAAGCGAGUGUGGGAGAAGUGCAUCAUGCCAUCCGCACAACUUUCCAGAGGGUCAACGACUUCUUCAUUCCUCCGACCAACCUCAUCAUCACUCACGUGAGGUUCGCCUUUGUCUUCCUCAAAAAUGAACCUGCGGUACACAAGAUUGACCUGGAGACCUUCCACCGCGUCAAGACCAUCAGCCUGAAGAACUACAGCUGCAUACCACUCAGCAUGGCCUACACACAUCUAAGCGGUUUCUACUUCGUCCAGUGCCAGAGCAAGAGCCACCUGCAAGCCCCGCCCCAGCUCCUGAUCGACAGCGUGACGGACGCGGUGAUUGGUCCAAACCUGAACAUCACAGGGCAGCCUUUUGUGUCACCGGACGGCCGUUACAUUGUGACACCUGACCCACAGAGCUCAAAGCUGAUAGUACAGACAGUGUCGUUCCAGGGGGAGCUGGGUCUGAACCAGGAACUGGACGAGCCCAUUGUUGUCUCUGAUCUGGCUUUCCAACCUUCCUUCACAGAGUCCAACCAGAACGUGGUUGUGGCCACCUCAGGCUCAGGCACGGACCUGCUAUUUGCCGAUCUGUCCUCGGGCCGCACUGAGGUUCUCCGGAGCCUCAAGGAGCCCCUGGCCCCCCAAGCCUGGCCCUGGGGAGGCCCCAACAGAGUGGUGGUCUCCAGCGGGUUGUUUGGACAGUAUCUGGUGACGCCGUCAGCCGAGUCCCUCUUUGUCCUGAACGGCAAACAGAGAACACCGCAUUGUGAGGUGUCAGACAUCAAGAGAGGGAACACAGUUGUCUGGGUCGGUGAGGUAUGAGUAAAAAAGAAAAAAAGAAAGCAGAAGACGUAGAAUUAGGGACAGACGUAAAUGAAAAAAAGGAAAGAUCAGGCCAAAUUACCUAUAAUAAAGAUUUAUGUGAACAUAAGUUGUGGACUCAACCCUGGGACUGAGCAAGAGGGAAACACACCUGGGUUUAUUGUAACAAAAGUACACUUAAAAAUAGAGUAAUUGAGAAAACAUUGAGAAACCCUGUUGUGAUAUUUCUAUUGGGAGAAAGUGUCAAUGCCAUUCAGUGCAACAGUGAUCUAUGUGCACUUAACUAUACAGAAUUGUACAUUAUUGCACUUCCUUCCAUGUUAUCACAGCAAAUAGGUACCUGAAGAGGGGUUAUUAAUGAACUAUGAACUAUGCACAAUGCUCACUUUUUUUAGAGUAAAAAGCUUUCCGAUUUUGUUUAACUCAACAAUGUUUGUCGUUUUCACCAGUGCUGCAUAUAAUCACCACAAACUGUCCGUCUGUCCUGUCUGCCUUUAGUGUAUGUGUGUUCUGAGUCGUUUUAAAAGCUACCAUCUGUUUAUUCGCCUUUGUCAUGGUAUUGUACUGUAUCCUCCCUCUGAAAGCUUUCAUUAUCCUCAUACCGGCAGAGGUUGGCUUUAUGCACAUGUGUAAUACCCUCUAUUUACAUUGUCUAUCCAAAGAGCCCGAUUGGUCCAUUAGCCGUCGACAAUGGAUGGUUUCGCUCGCAGGGGAAAGCCUAACCAGUAAAGAGCAGUACAUCUUGUGGUCUCUUGCAAUGGUAUAAUCUAUCCCCCACUGUCUCUCACAUUUGUUCUGUACCUGUAGCACAACUCUGUGCUGUGGAGCCUGAAAAUGCCACUUAGCAGAUUCCCUCAGGGUAAUGACUCCGGUUUACGCUGACCCACAUGCUGAGGACUUGUGGCAUCAACUAAACUAUCUGACUGGCUGUGAGCAUUUGUACAUCCUUCCAGAGAGCUGUGCAUCAGGAUCAAACUCCAAGACUGUAGUCGCCAUGUGGUAAUUAUUCAGCUUUACUUAUAGGACUGUAACAUAAAGACAAAAUAUUUUAGUUUCUGUCUAGUCAACAACAAAACCAUUUGCGCAGGAAAAAAUAUGCUGCAUCUCAACACCUAGCAGCCUGUUUAAAAAGUAGAGAUACAUUUUACAGACAUUAGCAAUGCAUACUGUUUCCAGGAAUACUUAGAUUGUUAACUUACUAGAAUAACAAUAAUUAUACAGGUUUGUUUGUCAUUAUGAAAGAAUGCAUUCCUACUUUUGAAAAACCAGGUAUUUAUCUGUCCCAAGGCAGAAACUGAAUAAACACCAGCAACUCUUUGUCUGUCAAAAUAAUCGAUAUUAUAUAUAUAUAUAUUUUCUCCCUGUGGUUGAGCUGCAUCAUCUUCUGUGUAAUUUGCUUUAUCCAUUUGCACUCAUCAUUAUAAUGACGAUCCAUUAGCAGCAAGACUCUCUGCAGAUGUAAUGAUGUUAUCAGAAAUUACUAGAAACAUAGCGUCUCUUAAACAUUCCUGCCUCUUGACAGUAGUGCCAAGGUCUAUGCAUGAAUGUUUAGCUCGAGCAACACACUUGAUGGCUCUUAGAUAUUGAGCUAAAGUGGGUGCCAGUCUUGGGCUAAUAGCUUUGUCUUUCUUUUUUCCUCGCUUUAUGCCUCCCAGCCUCAAACUACAGAAAAAAAAAAUUGUCCUUUUAAUAUUUAGCUGUCAAUACCUUACUCUCAUUCUAAAAAAAUAAUCAGGAGCUACUAAUCUUUUCUAAGCUGUUUGACAUUGCCUGGUUGAGAAACUAACAACUUUCAGUAUUGUAUUUCUACAAGCUAGUUUAUACAAAUAGUCAGCCUGUCUAAAAAUAUUUCUAAUUGAGCUUUUCUAGCCAGCACAAAACAGCUAAAAAGAAACAAACUGUACAGUAUCAAGACAUAUUCUAAAACAAAGGCAAAUAGCUUUUAAUUGAAAUCAUCUAAAAACAGUGACAAUAGAAACAGAAGCACUUAAUGUUCAAUCACGCAUGGAAAGAAAAUAUUUUCUCGUGCUGAAAUGCGAUUGGAAGCUCCCUUGUACAUACAGUAUGUAAUCACUGCACAAAUACUCACAGCCUUUAGGAUUUUGUAGUUGAACUUUUUUUUUUCUUCCCCCAAACAAAAGUCUAUCGGAGUCCUGUAAGAGAAGUUUACCACUGUAAAUUCAGCGGGGGUCUUGUGACUGGAGUAUAUAUCUGCUCGUGUGUUGUUGUGUUUUGGAGGGUUUUUUUUUGGUCCUCCCAGAAACAAAACAGCAGCCCAAAUUAAAUAUAAAUCAUCUUCUCCUAAUACGUAGUUGUGCCUGUAACUCCCCAAUGCAAUGUGUAGGGUAGAAACCCAGCUGUGUAAGAAAAGAAAAAAAGUGAACACAGGAGUGAAGCAGAUUUGUCGUUCUUGUUUGUGAUUCAAUCCAGUCUGGAUCGAUGAAAGUUUUGAUGAACUUUUUAAAGGCAAUGAAUUAAUGAUAAUGUUUCCUAGACCACUGUUGCACUGAGAGAAAUAUAAUUCCCUGACAUACAUUUACUAAAGAGAGAGUUGUUAAAUUGGUAGCCCAAUUUUCUCACUGUAUCAAUGGAAAAAAAAAUGUUAAAAAAUAUU